GGCGGGGGGGGGGCCCGGCCCUAUAUAAAGGCCGGGUUGGGAGGCUCCAGAAGGGGUUAAAAAAAAAAAAAAAACCACAAACGAACAGCCAACAACCAAACCCACAACAAACCCAAAAACCCCAAACCCCAAACCGCACGGACCCAAACCCCAAAGCCAGCCACCACCAUCGCAGCCCCACGCCGGAGCCGCGCUCCCCCCCCAGGGCGGGAGCCCUUCCCGGCCGCCGCGGCCAUGGUGCGCUGCUGAGCGCGGCCCCCGGGGCCAACGGGCCGGACCAUGAACCUGGUGGGGGGCUACCAGCACCACCACCACCACCACCAUCACCACCACAUGCUGCACGACCCUUUCCUCUUCGGGCCGGCGGCGCGGUGCCACCAGGAGCGAGCCUACUUCCCCGGCUGGGUGCUCAACCCGGCCGAGGUGACCCCCGAGCUCGCCGGGCAAAGUCCUAGCUACGGCCCCGCCGAGUACGGCCCCGCCGGCCAGGGGCGGCUGGAGGCUCUCAGCGGUCGCCUGGGACGACGGAAAGGGGUCGGGGGACCCAAAAAAGAGCGCCGGAGGACGGAGAGCAUCAACAGCGCCUUCGCCGAGCUCCGCGAGUGCAUCCCCAACGUGCCCGCCGACACCAAGCUCUCCAAGAUCAAGACCCUGCGCCUGGCCACCAGCUACAUCGCCUACCUGAUGGAGGUGCUGGCCAAGGACAGCCAGCCCGGGGACACCGAGGGCUUCAAAGCCGAGCUCAAGAAGGCCGACGGCAGGGAGAACAAGAGGAAAAGGGAGACGCCCGAGGUCUAUUCGCAGCCUUUGGGCCACGGCGAGAAGAAGCUGAAGGGCCGGACGGGUUGGCCCCAGCAGGUCUGGGCUCUGGAACUGAACCCCUGAGGGCUGCCCCCGCCGCCCCGACGGCGCUCCCCGCUCG